CGUCGCUCCUUCCUCUGCAGCCCCCUCUCAGCCCAGACAGUCCAAGUGACCUCUGUGAAUUCGACGACGUCUAUCGGUUGAUCAACAUCGACCUGCGACCCUUCUUUUCUCUCAGGAUCCAAGAAUCACACUUGCAUACUCACCCCAAGAAGAAACAUCAUGUCUGUCGGUAAGAACAAGCGUCUCUCUAAGGGUAAGAAGGGUAUCAAGAAGAACAAGGUUGAUGCCUUCGCCAGGAAGGACUGGUACUCGGUCAGGGCACCCUCAAUCUUCGAGGUGAAGAAUGUCGGUCAGACCCUCGUCAACCGAAGCCAGGGAUUGAAGAACGCCAACGACUCCUUGAAGGGACGAGUUAUGGAGUUCUCCCUCGGUGACUUGAACAAGGAGGAGGACCAGGCUUUCAGGAAGAUCAAGCUCAGGGUUGAGGACGUCAAGGACAAGAACUGUCUGACUUCGUUCUACGGCAUGGACUUCACCACCGACAAGAUCCGAUCUUUGGUCCGAAAGUGGCAGUCCUUGAUCGAGGCCCACAUCGAUGUCCGAACCACCGAUGGAUACCUCGUCCGACUUUUCGCCAUCGCUUUCACCCGAAAGAACAGGCAGCAGGUCAAGAAGACCUCGUACGCUCAGUCCGCCCAGAUCAGGCAGAUCAGGGCCAAGAUGCACGAGAUCAUGAAGAGGGAGAGCGAGUGCGAGUUGAAGGAGUUGGUCCAGAAGUUCGUCCCCGAGUCGAUCGGACGAGAGAUCGAGAAGGCCACCAAGGGAAUCUUCCCCCUCCAACACGUCUAUGUCCGAAAGGCCAAGCUCCUCAAGUCCCCCAAGGUUGACUUGAGCAAGCUCCUCGAGUCUCACGGUGAGAUCGAGAACUCCACCGGUACCAAGGUCGUCUCCGACUUUGUCGAGCCCGAGGUUUUGGCUUCCGUCUAAACGUCUUGCUUCCCACCAAAUCAAAAAGGGAAUCAAGGUGUCUAGGAUGGGGAGGAUGGUCAUGGCUGCAGCUCGAGCGAUGUCGUCUUGUGGACGGUCAGGAGGAUCAUUCGGCACAAGAGACCGGGUUGCCGCGUCAUCACCGGCUCUGUGUUUCCGACGGGUCCUGCCUUUCAUGUAAUCUUUUAGUCUGGGGAUGCAUCGUUAGAGUUACAGAUAUGACAUUUUCUGCACUACAAUCUGACUUGGCUCGAGAGCAUCUGCCCGAUGGCGCCAUUCCUGGUCGUAAAACGUCAUUUCGGGUGUUGUUGAUUUUGUUAGGAUCUUGCUGCUGGAGUCCGAGGCAGAUCAAGCGAUUGAAUACCGACGACUCAAGCAGCUAAUCGUAUGUCACAGCGUCCAAGUAAAAC